AUGGCGAUUUCCCACCAAGAAGGCUUACAGGGGAGAGGCGAUGAACCCGAUUGUUUCAUUGUAGACAUAGAAAGAUUGUCCCAUGGCACCGAUAAAUACAUCUCUGCUAAUUCAAAGAUCACUCAACACGAUUCCUUCGCUACAGAUAUAGAUAGAGACAGUUCUGCUAAUUCAAGGAUUCCUAGAAGCUUUUCCCGAAAAGGGUCACACAGGGGAGAUAGAAAUGUCAAAGCGAUAGAUACUGCAGCAGCUAAUGGGGAUAUCUCAUUUAAAGGAGGUAUUGAUGGUGGUGUCAGUGUGAGCUUGGCUGAGAAUUCCAUCACUGUUCCUAUGGGGACCGCAUCAGUAGAGGCCAUGAACAAGCAAGCACAGGCAGUGAAGAUGAUGAUGAUGAUGAACGGCGAGAGCAGAUGCAUUAGUAGUCCUAGAAGAAGACACGGUUCGAAGCGGGCAGGGGCUUGGGUCAUCGGUCCACGGAUGGUCCUUGCCUUCUUUGCCACUUUGUCAAGCAUGGGAACUAUACUACUGAUCUACUUCACGCUUUCCAUUGGCAAAACUGGCGAAGAAGACCUCUCUCAAGCCCUGCUACAGUAAAGAACUAACAACCAAUAUGAAUAAAGGAGACCUCACCCUUCAUUUUGGGUCUGAAUCAGCUC